AAACGAAACGAGUGAUCACCACAAGUGACCGCAACGUCAUCAUCACUUUCGUCAUAACACAUCGGCAGCAACAGCCGCAACAACAAUGAAGCUGUUACCAAUUCCACUUUCGCCCUUGAACCCACCCGCUCCCCUCGGCAUCUGGGGAUCGGAUUUGCUGUGGCGAUACCCACCGGCGCCACCGAGUCCGCUGGCCGAUCUCAAGACACAGUUGCCCCCGCAGUUGAACACAGACCCCCGCAUCUGGGGUCGCGAUGAGGUUGCCGUGUUUCUGCGCUUCUGCGAGCGUGAAUUCGACCUGCCCAAGUUUGACUUGGAUCUGUUCCAGAUGAACGGAAAGGCCAUUUGUGUGCUAACGAAAAACGAUCUUGCCGAGCGUUGCCCGGGUGCGGGAGACGUCCUGCACAAUGUCCUCCAGAUGUUAAUUCGCGACGCUCAAACGCUUCAUCGCCAUCUCCCGAGCAGUCCGGUGACCCCAACCAGUCGCUAUCCACUAUCGCCCCACAGCCAUCCGCCCACUCCGAACUGGAGUGCGUUGGCACCGCCCGAUAGUCCGUUCUUCCACAGUUCCCACCUGCAGCAGUUCAUGGCGGCAUCCAAUUCGGUGACGCUCAGUCCGGCUCCGUCGAUUGAUUCACAAGCCGGUAGCCCACCCCAAAGCCACCAAGAGCAGCUCCAGAAUGUGUUCCAGAAGUCAUCCGGAAGCAGUAGUCACACGCAGAACAGUAGCUCCGGUGGAAGCAGCAGCAAUCAUUCGGACUCCGAUGAGGACAAUUCGACCGCCGGAUACCACCCAUUACCUUUGUCACACCCCGACAGCAAACUUCCGCUGCUCCAUCCCCAGCACAAUCAGAGCCCUCCGCUGACACCAAUCUCCAAGGAAACGCAACACCUGGGCCAGCUGCAGCUGCUCGACACCAAGAGCCUUCAGUAUCCAGUGUCUUCUUUGCUGAACAACUCCAGCAGCAGUAGCAGCUCCGGUAAUGCCAACAGUAGUAACACGAUCAGUAACAACUCGGUCAGCUCCACCAACAGUGGCUCGAACGGUGAACGGCCAUCCUUGAGCCUGUCGGGCUCCGUCAACUCGAACGGACAUCCACUCAGCUUGAAGCCUGCAACACUGUCACCACCUGCUAGCUCAUCCCCCAACGGGUCAUCGUCAACGCCAACUACGCCCGGAGCGUUUCUUCCCGUUAAGCGUGAGUUCUUCCCAGAAGGACCCGAACCCAAUACUAAUGGCAGGCUGUUGUGGGAUUUCUUGCAGCAAUUGCUGAACGACCCGUCGCAGCGGUACAGCAGCUACAUCGCGUGGAAGUGCCGCGAUACGGGCGUGUUCAAAAUUGUAGACCCCGCUGGGCUGGCCAAGCUGUGGGGAAAGCAGAAGAACCACCUCUCGAUGAACUACGACAAGAUGUCCCGUGCGCUUCGGUACUACUACCGGGUCAACAUUCUGCGCAAGGUGCAGGGCGAGCGACACUGUUACCAGUAAGUAUCACACUUUAUCCAGCGAAAA